UCGCAACAAUGAUUUUACUGUGUGCAGUAGCCAGUGUGUUGGAAUUGAUAUGAAUGUCACGUUGGAGAUCAAUUCUUGAAGACAGAAGCGAGAAAUAUUUCCCGGGUAACCAGGACGCGCUGGGAGAGGAAACACUUGUUGCUUUGCUGCUAACAUUCCAUUCAUGCCGCGAGACGUCAUUUUUCACCCCGUCGUUCAGUCUUUCUGUUCUACCAAAUUGAUUUUGGUCGAUACAGUCAAGUAUACACGUAAAAAAGAAAGGGAAUAUUCAUGACCACUUUUUAUGUCAGUCAACACUAUAGAGAACGUGUACCGCACAAUCCAAAUAACAUUUUUUUUAGCCAAUGAUAAUUUCAUAAUUUAUUAAUUAAAAAAUAGCUCGAUAAAUAAUGGUUCUCUCUUCACAGGGUACGUUCAUUUUUUGUGUCAUAUUUAAUGCUGGGGAAACAUUUUAAUUGCGAUAUGGUCACCAGUUGCAGCUAUGAACUUUAUCAGAGUCGUUGAUCAGAUUAAGCCUAGGAUAGUAACAUGCUCGCUAUCUCAUAGAUUUAGCACACUGUGGACUUGAACUGGUGUCAGGACUCGGGCAUGGAACCCUUGCACUGUUUUUAUCUGCCUCUUUACUGAGCUGAAGGAAAUAAAAACUUGAAAAGGCUUAUUCUAGCUCAUGCCAGUGAAAACAUGCAGAAUAGAAACCCAGUACUGGAGAUAUUUGCUUAUUUACUUUGCAAAGGACUUCACUGGGUUUGCUCUGUUGAAUGGGUCCAUAGGUGUGAGAGUAGCCUAACCUGUAUUUGGUUGUAAUUGUGAGCUGCGCAGAUUCACCACUGCAAAAUAAUUUGAGUUUCAAUGAGCACUUGUGUGUGUGUGUGUGUGCGUGUGUGUGAGAGAGAGUGUAUGUCUGUGAAGAAAAGAGAGAGAGAGAGAGAGUGUGUGUGCACGAGGGAGAGAGAGACAGUGCAUGUAUGAGGGAGAGAGAGAGAGUGUGUGUGCGUGUGUGCACGUGCCUGUGUGCCUGCGUGUGUGUGUGUGUGGUGUAUAUAAUACUUUUGGCAGGUAGAGGCAUGGUACCUGCUCAGAUGCUGGUACAGGAGAGACCCAUGGCCCUUGCAGUCCUCCAUUAUAGGCCAUUCCUCACCAUUCAUGUCCCUGAGAACAGUGUGUACAAAACCAUAAGAUAAGACGUCUUCUGGAGCUGCUCCCCCCGGCAACGGAAACCCGGCGACCGCCAUGGCGACGAUCGUCAUGGAGAGGAUCGGGCGCCUGUUCAUCGGCCCGCAGCAGGUGCGGCAGGUGCGGCGCAUGCUGACGGAGGCGGCGCCCUCCGCGCCGGGGACGCUGAGGGACAGCGAGGUGCCCCGCUUUUUCCGGGAGCGCCACAUCACCGGCGGCUACCGGCCGCUCGGCCGGCCCUGGCGCUACUACGUCCUGUCGCUCUUCCGCCGGCACAACGAGACGGUGAACGUGUGGACGCACCUGCUGGGGGCGCUGCUGGUGCUGCAGCGCGCGGGCCGGCUGGCGGAGACGGUGGACUUCGCCGGCGACCCGCACGCCUGGCCGCUGCUGGUGCUGCUGCUCUCCUCGCUGGCCUACAUGAGCUUCAGCGCCGUCGCCCACCUGCUGGCCGCCAAGUCCGAGUUCUGCCACUUCGCCUUCUUCUUCCUGGACUACGUGGGCGUGGCGCAGUACCAGUACGGCAGCGCGGUGGCGCACUUCUACUACGCGGCCGAGGAGGGCUGGCACCGGCGCGUCCGCGGCGUCUUCAUGCCCGCCGCCGCCCUGCUGUGCUGCCUCUCCUGCCUUGGCUGCUGCUACGGAAAGUACCGGAACCACAGCCUGCCGCCCUGGGUGCGGAAGGUGGGGCAGGUGGCGCCGUCCUCGCUGGCCUACGCCUGGGACACCAGCCCGGUCUUCCACCGCGUCCUGUCCCGCGGCCUCGGCCUCGGCGCGGGGGGCGACCCCGCCCUGCCCUUCCACUGCGGCCAGGUGGCCUUCUUCCUGUCCAGCGCCCUCUUCUUCACCCAGCCGGUGCCCGAGCGCUGGCUGCCCGGGCGCUGCGACUUCCUGGGCCAGGGCCACCAGCUGUUCCACGCCCUGCUGGUGCUCUGCACCCUCUGCCAGAUCCACGCCUCCCACCUGGACUACCUGGGCCGCCGCCCGCUCUACAGCCGUCUCCACGGCGAGGGCGACGCCCGCUUCUUCCUGGCCCUGUUCGCGGCCACGGGGCUGGCCUGCGCCGCCAUCGCCGCCUUCAUGGCCGGGAAAGUGCGCCGCCUGCUGGACCGCAGGGACCGCUCCAAAUGAGCGGAGGCUUUUUUUUUCGGGUUCCGUUUUUGGGUUUGCCGCGGCCCUGUUCUGGUUCUCCUCCUGCUCCGGUGGAUUCUAGCUCGUGUCCUCGGCACCAAUCGGACGGCAGACUUUGCUCUGCGUUACGUUAGGGCCCAAUCAUGCGUAACGCAGUGCAAUCUCAAAAUCCACACCUAAGUACUGAAAACGAAAAUGCUGUGACUGUUGAGGACAUUCAUGUAUUUUAAUUGUCUGGGGAGAGUGUAGUACCUUUACUUACCAGUAGGUGGACGGCACCUCCGUGUAGCUGGUGGAUAACACUGAUUUCCAGACCUUCAAAUACUUUUCUGUGCUUUGUUGAUCUUGCCUUGUGUAAUUGAGCCAGGACUCUAGGUUUGCACUUUUUGAGAGUAUUUCAUUGGUUCCAAUACACCAGACAAGAUCAGUAAAGCGCAGAAAAGUAUUCGAAUCCAAAACAAAUAUGUAUUUGACCCAGGUCUGGUACUUUCCUUUCUUUCGCUUCUAUUUCUGCCUCCUGAAAUUACUGUUUGGACAAAAAUUGGGAUAAAUAUAAAAUAUGAGGGAUAAAAUGGUUAAGAAUAUUGUGGUAUUUAAAUAUUAAAAGUUUUUUUAUUUUUAUAAAGAUGUUAAUUAUCUUCAUGGUGUGGAGAAACCGCAGGUUUAAAAUGGUGUGAGAGCUGAACGGGGUGAAAUGCUGGAGGUAUAGAUGUGUUCCCGAUGUCUCUUUGGUGCGAUUUUACUAAACCACUAUGGGAUCUUCGCAAACAAAACUUCACGGGAAAUGAUGACUACGGACAUUAUGCGGUGUGUUGUUUUGCUAUGCGGUGUGUUGUUUUGCGAUACGGUGCAUGUUCUUUGUGUUCCAUGGGUAUCCCUUCGGGGUGCAGCCUGUUCUUUCUGGAAAUUUUGGUGAUACAGGGUACUAAAUCUUUUGCUGUCUUUGCUGUCUAAAUCACCCAAUCAUUAUCUCUCUCCCUUUCUCUGACUUUCUGUAUAUCUCUCUCUCUCUGUCUUACUCUCUCUCUCUCUGUCUUUCUGUCUCUCUCUCUAUCUCUCUGCUUUUCUGUAUAUCUCUCUCUCUGUCUUACUCUCUCUCUCUCUCUGUCUCUCUCUGUCUUUCUGUCUGUUCUCCCCUGGUUUUGUCACACCUGAAUUUGUAAUCAUUUUUUUCUGAAGCACUUUUUACGCGCAGCUGUUGGAAGGUGAGAAACCCCGCAGAUUGAUGGCCGUUAUCUCCUCAGAGUGGUGGGGGCCGGCGCUCUGAACGUAUCGCCGUUAGCGACGCUGCAGUCCCGAGUGCCUGGGCGCGGCUUUGGGAUUUUUCUUACGCUGAUGUUAACGUACGAGCGAUGUCACGUGUCUUUGCUACUGUACGUCAGUGUUCCGUUAAUGUGCCUGUACGGUCCAGAUGGUGCUUGCUGGGUGAGCACGGCGGAGUUCCUUAAAAAAUACAAAACCGUUUUCUCUCCGUCUCCCCAGAGCUAGUGUUAUUACCGUAUGUUAGCCCUGUAGUUUUCUUCUUCUUUUUUUUUUUCCACAGACAACAGCUCUCUGACAGGAGCCCGUGCGAACAGACGCAAGCUCUCAUUGGCUCGCUUUCAGAGAUCGCCAUGGUGACCCAGUAAUUAAACUGGGGUUCAGCCAGGGUCUUCUAAUGAGGGCGUGGGGGAAGGCUGCUUAUGGCCCUCGUGCAGUUUUUCACAAAGCGUUGUGGGCCGGGGGAGGACUCCCCCUCAAUCUCCCUGAGGUUUAAUGCUUCUGUUUGAUUAACUUGUAUGAGGUCUUCUAGCUUUAAUCACUCAAUGAACUAAUAAGCUGGUUGGGUGCCAUGGCAACAGGAGCGCAUUGCGUUUAGAUGAUAAUUGUACCGAAGGGGGAGAGGAGGAAGGUCGGGCACGUCUCCUCUUGUGCUGCACACAAAUAGCACCUUAGUGCCAGUCAAUGCUCUGAAUACUUUAACCAGCAAUUGAACUAGUUUUGUCGUUUUUAUAUUUAGCCUGUAAUUUCCACGUGUUCUGUACUCUGUAAUGUUUUACUGCAGUGCACUUUUGGAAACGCGCCAGUGUGUAAAUAUCUACUGUAUAUCUACUUAUCCACGUAGAAGCAAGUAAGCCGGAGUAAUCGGUUUGUACGGAAACCAGCAUAUACACCUGCCUUUCAGAAAUUUGACAAAUCUAGUAUUAUAUUAAAAACCCUCCUAAAAGCAA